CUGAGAAAUAUUUGGCUCUUAUACUGGGAUUAUUACUUCACUUUUAAUGAUAAAAUUGUUUCCCCAGAAAUGAACUCCACAGCAGACCCAUUAGACAUGACCUACAAGAUAAACUCGUCUGCCCCAGUCAGAGACUCUUUGCCCAUCGCCUUCACUAAAAACUUCAUUGCUGUGCUGGUAUGGUUCAUUUUCAGCUACAUCAGUGGGUGUAUUUUACUCACGUUCCUCAGAAACCAGACAUUUUACGAGGAUCCACGUUAUAUCCUGUUCAUUCACAUGGUCAUCAAUGAUGCAGCACACCUGACUCUAACUAUGAUGUUGAAUUUACUGAGUUACAUUUUCUACAAGAUCAAUGUGUCCUUCUGCGCUGUUUUCAUGCUGCUUGCUGUCUUCACCACGAGCAGCACCCCUCUGAACCUGGCAGGCAUGGCCAUCGAGCGCUACAUCGCCGUCUGCCACCCCCUGCACCACUCCCAGAUCUGCACUGUGCGCCGCACCUACAUCCUCAUUGGCCUCAUCUGGGUGGUGGGCAUAACCUCGGACAUCACAGACCUCUUCGUCACCUUGGCAAUGGAACCCAACAGCUUUUUCCACUCUGCUGUCUUCUGUCUCCGCCAGAAUGUUUUCAAAGACCCAAGUCUGACCUAUAAAAGACAAGCAUUUGAC